UGUCAGUCACGUGACGGCUGUGUGCGUACGCGGCGGAGUUGGGUGUGAAGAUGGCGGACGACGAGGCCGAGAAGGAUCACAGCGAAGAUAUGAGCGUUGCUGCUGCGAUCGAGGCCUUGCAGACUCAACUGCAUAACUUGUUCGGCGAGCUUAAAGAGAGUCGCGAGCCGCCCGUGCAGUCCGCCUCCCAGUACUGCCAGCAUUUCUGUCAGACUCUUGUAGAAUAUGCAGAUCGGUGGAAGAUAUCAGAGGAUCCUCUUCCCCUCGUUGAAGUGUACAUGAUUGCCAUUCUAAGCUUUGCUGAAGCUCGGCAUCAUCUUACAUCUGAGUGUGAAAGUGUAGGUCUCGUUUUGGAACGUUUGGUACUGAGCUGUGUUGAACUUUUGCUUUCAUUGCCUGAACAAAUACCAAAACCUUUGUGGAGUAAGUUCCAGACUGUGAUAAAAACAUCUCACAGUCAACUUCUGGAAAAUGGAAACACUGAACUGCAUAUGCUUUCAGUCAUUGUACAAGAGGAGGGAGUCUGGUCACAUCCAGUGCUGCACAAUAUUCUUUCAAAGGAAACUAUUGAAACUGAAAAAGUUAAAGAGUUUCUUCAGGCAGAAGGCCCCAUGCUGUUAAAUAUGCGAGUAAAGCAUCUCAUUAAAGUAAAUCAGCUAGAGUGUGCAGCAUCACUUGCAAGAGCCUGUGCGGAUUACCCAGAAUUUGGGGGAAAAAUUAAUUUUAAACAGACCUACCUCGUCUGUCUUUGUGCUGUGCUGCCACAAGAUCAACUGAUGCAACAGAUUUCUGAAGUAGAUUGCAAGGACGCAUUAGAAAUGAUCUGUAAUCUUGAGUCGGAAGGAGAAGAAAAGAGUGCUUUAGCACUGUGUACAGCAUUUCUAACCCGUCAGUUUUUACAAGAAGAUAUGUACUGUGCUUGGGAGCUAACCUUGUUUUGGAGUAAACUACAGCAGAGAGUAGAACCCUCGACACAAGUCUUUCUUGACUGCUGCCGCCGAUUGUCCCAGCUUUCUAAAACAGUUUACCACAUUUUCUUUCUGAUUAAAGUCAUUCAGUCAGAGGUUGAAGACGGAGGACUUGCAGCAUGUAUUGAAUUGUGCAUUCGAGCCCUAAGAAUGGAUUCUAUCAAAAAUACAAAUAUAAAAGCAACUAUCUGUAAGACUAUCAUCUGCUUGUUACCUAAUGACUUGGAAGUGAGGCGUGCUUGCCAACUUACAGAAUUUCUUUUGGAGCCUACUGUUGAGUCCUACUAUUCUGUUGAGACAUUAUACAAUGAACCUGAUCAGAAACUAGAUGUUGAAAACCUUCCAGUGCCCAAUUCACUACGCUGUGAGCUUUUGCUGGUAUUAAAAACUCAGUGGCCUUUUGAUCCAGAGUUUUGGGACUGGAAGACGCUGAAACGCCAUUGUUUAGGCUUGAUGGGUGAAGAAGCUUCUAUUGUAUGCUCCAUAGAUGAGCUCAAUGACAGUGAGGCUUUUGAUCAUCUUGACGAUGAAGAUGGACAGAAAGUUCUGGAACAAGAGUUCAGUGGACUUGUGGACUGCGUUUUUGAUGCAGAAAAUGCUUUUGAUGAUUUAGAUGACGAAAAACAAAAAAAGAAGGAUUUUAAAAAAUUAAAAGAAAAAGGAUUUAUAUCUGCUAGAUUUAGAAAUUGGCAGGCUUACAUGCAGUACUGUGUCCUGUGUGAUAAAGAAUUUCUUGGACACAGGAUCGUAAGACAUGCCCAGAAGCAUGUUAAGGAUGGGGUUUACCAUUGCCCAAUAUGUGCUGAAAGUUUUAACAGGAAAGAACUGUUUGUCCCACAUGUAACAUCCCAUGUAAAACAGUCUUGCAAGGAAAGACUUGCUGCCAUGAAAUCUAAUAGAAGGAAAAUUACAUCAGCUAAAAUGCCUACUUCUAAUAUUGUCAGUCAAAAAGUUAAACCUAGUGAAAAGCAAGAAAACAGGCCAAAGAAGAAAAACAGACUAUAUUCAAAUGAUUUUGUAGUUUUCAAUGAUAAUGAUAUCUCAGAAGAUGAAGUCAAAGGAAAACUGUCAAAAAUUGCGCUUGCAGCACACAGAGCAGAAUACAAAGAGGAAUAUACGUGCCCUGUUAAUGACUGUAAAAAGGGCUUCAAAUAUUUCAAAAAUUUAGUAGCUCAUGUGAAAGGACAUAAAAACAAUGAAGAUGCUAAACGGUUCCUUGAGAUGCAGAGUAAGAAAGUAGUUUGUCAGUACUGCCGUCGCCAGUUUGUCAGUGUCACCCACCUCAACGAUCAUUUACAAAUGCACUGUGGUGUAAAGCCCUAUAUCUGCAUACAGGUAAAUUGCAAGUCCAGCUUCUCUACUAACUCUGAAUUACUAAUACACAGGAAAGAACAUACAGUAUUCAAAGCAAAAUGCAUGUUUCCAAACUGUGGAAGAAUUUUUUAUGAAGCCUAUAUGCUAUAUGACCACGAAGCUCAGCAUUACAAUACAUUCACUUGCAAAAGUCCAGAUUGUGGAAAAAUAUUUCAUUCCCAAGCAAAACUGGAUCUGCACCAGGAAGAUCAUCUAAUGCAAACAAAUAAUUCAACUUCUGAAGAGCAUGUCGUAGAAUCAGAAGAAAAGCAAAGUGAGUUACCACUAGCAAGCCAGAUAACUACAGCUACUAAACAAGGUCUGCUGUCAGAACCCCUUAGUCAAGCUACAGUAAUGGAAGCUACUACCACUCAGCUACUUGAGCCAAGCUCAGUGAACUUAAGUCAGUCAUUACCACUCAAUUUGAACCCAGUGGAUGUUGACCCCACACCAGAGCCAAAUCCGAAUUUAUUACAACCAACUAGUCAAGCUAUAUUAAGUCCAACCAUUUCUCAAGAGAUAAGCAUGUGCUCUCCUAAAAACGAUUUUCCUCUGGAUGGCCCAAUUCAGGCAGAACACAAAGCAGAGUCAGGAAGUAGCUUACCUUUUGAGGGUAUUGUAAGCAUGCCAGUCAAUGAAAUUUUAAAUAAUUCAGCACUUGAACCAUCAGCUGAAAUUCAGGCACAACAGCCAGUUAAACAGACCGAAGUUUAUCUAAAUGGUCUUUUAGCAAAUGUUAGGGUCACCUCAACUGAAGCAGUAGCUUCAGUCACACUGUUAAAAAAUGCUGAACAGGUUGCCGUUAAAACUGAAUCUCUGGAUACUGAAAAAAUAAUUAUGAAGCAGCAUACAGAAACAACUGGCAGUGUUUCGCAUGAUGCACAUUUUGUACCUCAGGCAGUGAAAGAGGAACAAAAGAUUACAUUUCCACCAGCAGCAAAUCAAGGCAAUCCCCCUGUAUCUGGAGAGACUCAAGUAAAAGUAAAAUACAACUGUACCUUUGAUGGAUGCACUCGGACAUACAGUUGUACCAGAAGUGUUAGCAAACACAUGAAGGCAGCACAUGCUGAAUACUAUGCUGCUCUGAUAUUAGCUCGAAAAAACAAAAAGCUUGCAAAAGCAUCUGGUGCACACCCUGUUUCUAGUGAAGGCCGUGUUUUUUCAGUACCUUCUCAAAUGGCCAAUGAUAAGCUACCUAUCUGUGCAUCAGAAGUUGGUAAAUUGGUUAACCCACUUUUCUCAUACCAAAUGGGAAGGCUUCCAACUACAGUGACUAUGCCAUCUUUGUCAUUAAAAUGUGAGAGCAAUCAAGGUCAUGCGCCACCAAGUCAAGCUGAGAAUCCUUUAAAUCCUGGCUUUUUUCCACAAGUUGAAACCACUACAAAUCAGGUACUGCCUUUGCAUAAGGAGAUGAAUGUAAAUCCUGUCCUGUCUAUAAAUGCUAGAGGAGUUGGUUCUAACUUGUCUUCCAGCUCUAUUCUGCCUUUGCAUAAAGAAAGUCCUGCAAAAUUAUUAUCUCUGCAUUUGCAAACACUGACUAAUCAAGUUUUGUCACAAAUCAGUGCCACAGAUCCUGAACUGUCUCCACAAAACUCUGCCUCAGAUAUGCUAAAAUGUGCUCAGACUGCACUGAUGAAUGUAGUUUUAGCAUCACAGACUAACACAAACCCAACUUUGCAAACAGGAAUAAAAAAUCUGAUUAUGUUUCCACAGCCAGAAGUAGAUGCAAAGACUGAUAUUCCUUCACAUGCAAAAGGAACUGAUCAUUUCAUUUUAAAUGAAAAACCUAGAAGUCCAUUUCUGGCAUCUCAUUUAACUGAUGGCUCAAAUGUACAUUCAUCUUCUGAAAUGAAUAGCACUGCACAGCCAAACCAUUUAGAAGGUGAAAAGAGGCCGGUGCUUUUGCCUUUGGACUGUGGGGUAAAUCCAAGAGAGCGUGCGCAAAAUGAAAGCUUUUGUAAAGUUUAUUCAUCAAAUUUAGUAAAGACUGAAAAUCCAGGGAACACUUCUGAAGUGGGCAGUUCUCCUAGUACAGAUUUAUCUCACAUACGUGAACUAAAUCCUGAUUUAGCCAAUGCUAUAGGAGCCCACAGUAAUCCAUUGCUACCAUCUGUGGUAGAGAGUGUUGGACAGACAUUAUUGCCAUCCUGUCUUGAGAGUCCAAAGAUUCCAGGGUUACCAGAGCAGCUACAGGCUUCUGUGAAUCCACUAUUUAUGCCACAGCUUGAUUCAAACUCAUUUCCCAUCUUACCCUCUGAGGCUGAACGAGGCCCACAAGUUCAAACCCUCAUUAAUUGUGACUUUCCUUCUGCAGCUAAAUCUGCUCAGGCAAAUGCCAUGAGUUCUCUUGAAACUGAUACAGGUGCAUUGAAAGAUGAAGAUACCACUCUUAAAGUUAAGAGAACUAAACACAAUAAAAGAACAAAAUGGCCAGCUAUAGUGAAAGGAGGCAAAUAUCUGUGUAGCCGUUGUUUCAGAGAAUUCCCAAGUCCUAAGUCUUUAGGUGGGCAUUUAUCUAAGAGGUCUCAUUGCAAACCAGAUAAUGAGCUUCCUGGAGAAAUUCACCAAGACAAAGCAUCUUUACUUCUCAAUGAUUUACUAAAUUCAUCAAAUUCUUUAAAUGUACAUCAGCUAGCUUCCCAAUUUAAUUCUAACCAGUCAUUAGCAUUAGAUACCCUUCCAUCAAGGUUUUUACCCGACUCAGAAAGUAAUGGGUCAUGUGCUGAACUAAGUGAAGGAGAUCAACAAAGUGAGAUUAUUAAACAAGCUUUGGAAACUGCAGGCAUUAAGAACAUAUUUGAAACAUCAUCAGUCCUGCAGCAAUCAUUCCAAUCUUCCCCUGUAAACUAUCAAACAGAAACAAGUAUCCCUGAAAGUUCAGUUAUACAACACACUGGAAAAAUAAAAAUAAAAUCUGAGAACACAAACUUUCUCAUAACUCAAGAAAUUAAAAAUGAUAUAAACAUGCGCCCAUGUAAUGAAUUUUUAAAGCAGGAACAGCCAGUGUUUUCUUCAGAUAUCUUUUCUGAUAACCUAUUAACUCAGAUGUUGGCAGAAAAUAAUUCAAUAAGUAAUAUUAACUUGGAUUCAAACCCAUUAAGCCAGUUGCUGCUUGCUGAUCAGACGAGUAAACAAAAGUGUGAUACUGAGUCUCCAGCCACAGCCAGCAUUCCUCAACAGAACACUGUGCCAAAUGAAAAUUUACUUACUGCAAUAACCAGUCUUUCACAGACAUUUAUGCCAAACCAAAUGCCUGUGCAUAAUUCUUCACAGCAAUCAGUAAAUUAUUGCAGUCCACCUAAUACCAAUCAGAAAACAAUUAUGGUCAAGCAAAAAAUUCAGGCUCUGUUAUUUAAAACUGAAGAUGUGAAUGACAAGACAACUGAUGCCACACCAGUAUGUACUAGUGCACCUAAUACUAAUCUGCAGGGAAAUGGCCAUCUUGAAAUUUUAGGUGGUAGUAAUCCCCAAAUGCCAGGACUAAAAAGCCAAGAGAUUAAAUUUAAUAAUUUCUCAAAUUACGGUGUGGGUCAAGAAAUGAAACAGAAGAAUGAUUCCAUUUUGCAAAAACCUAUUUUGGAGGCACCAGUGAGUAGCUCUAAUUAUGUGCUCGGUUCCUCCCAUAACUUGAGCACAUCAACAUCACAGGAUAUUACACCUGAUCCUAUAAAUUUGCCGACCAGUAGUUUUCAUGUCGCACAAAUAGACAAUGAAAUACUAGACAUACUAAGAGCAUUUCAGAAGCUAAGUCUUGAGACAAAUAGCAAUGCCACCAUUAUUGGCACUUCCACUAGUGUGAAACAAUAUAAUGGAGUAGCAACAAGUGAGCAAACAGAUGUGCUGCUGCCUGACUCCACUGUCAAAACUGAUUUGCAGUCCUUUGAAAGCAUUAUUAAGCCUUUUGUUUGUGAAAGUGAAGGUUGUCCUUACAGUGCAAUGACUAAGGAUGCUUUGUUUAAGCACUACCAUAAAAUACACAAUUAUGAUGAAGACAAGAUGAAUGAAAUCAGGAAAAACCAGCUGAAGUUUGCUCCAUUUCGCUGCCACAUUUGUAAUAAGACAUUCACUAGGAACUCUAAUCUUAGAGCCCAUUGUCAGGCAGUGCAUCACUUGUCACAGGAGGAAAUGGUCAAGUUGAAAAUAAAGAGACCAUAUAGUAGAAAACCUGCUCAUGAGCUACCUGAUACAGAGCCAGUACAGAGCACAAUUGUUGUACAAGGGCAGCAUGUUCCUGUCCAUCCUGUUGAAAGCACAUUUGCCACUCAACAAUUGACUGCCAGUAAAAGUUCAGAAGAGUGUUUAUCUGAUGCACAUAAUCAGUCUACACAAGCAUCUUACUUCUGUCUUGAUUCACACAAUGGACAUGUUCCUGAAAACAUAUUUAAUGGUAGACCUGACCAGUCUUCUAAGACACUGUCUACAACGAAACAUGAUGCAUUUCAACAGAUGUCUGCUCAGCUGCCAAUACAAGGACGGAUAGUACCAGAAAUUUCUGUAACUGAAUCAUCUGUUACCACACACGGGUUUCCAUCAGAAACAUUGCAACAUACAUAUAGACCCCAGCUGGAAAUCGUGCAGCCCACCAUUUCACCGUUGGUUGGAGAUUUGCAGCCCAUAAACAGGCUUCCAUCUGAAACACUGCAGCAGCACACCCUUCAGCCUGCUUCCGGUGCACAGCUGCCCGUCCUUAGACCAGCAUCAGGAAUCCUGCAGCCCCUCCUCAGGCCCACGUUGGAAACGCUGCAGCCCCUCCUCAGGCCUGCAUCUGGAACACUGCAGCCCCUCCUCAAGCCUGCAUCUGGAACACUGCAGCCCCUCCUCAGGCCUGCAUCCGGAACACUGCAGACCACCUUCAGGCCCAUGUCGGGUACACUACAUCCCACUUUCAGGCCUGUGUCAGGAGCCCUGCAACCAAUCCUCAGGUCCACCUCAGGAACACUGCAACCCAUCCUUCAAUCUACAUCAGGAACCCUGCAGCCUGUUAUCAGAGCUUUGUCUACUAUACUGCAACCUUCCAUCAAGUCUCCUUCAGCAACCAUGCAGCCAAACAACACACCUCUUACAGCAACACCACAUUCUUCCAUCUGGCCUCCUACGGGAGUGUUGCAGUCCCUUAGUGGCCUUGCUUCAGGAAUUCCACAGUCAACCAUCAGCUCCCCAUUGGCUGAGCUGCAACCAUCUGUUACUUCUCAGUCAUCAGUGCUGCAGCCUACCAUUAGCUCCCAGUUCAUAACAUUGCAGGCCACAAUCAGUGCUGCAGCAAUAACACAGCCACAGUCUGGUAUGGACUCCCAUGGCCUGCUGCAUCAGCAAUUGGUUAACACUAGGCCCUUAGUGGAGGAGUUUCAACAGCAUCCCUCUACUGGAUCCCAAGAUAUGACAUGUCAGAAUCCCAGGAUAGAAUGCCAAGACGUGGCACCUGAAAAUCCCAUCACAGGAGCCCAGAUUGUUAUUCCUCUACAGUCCAGCAUGGUAUUCCAGGAGAUGCCACCUCAGCAGCAGCUAGCACAGGAUCACCAGCCCAGUAUGGAGUCCCAAGAUGGUGCUACUCAGCAGCAGCCUAGGAUAGUGUCUCAAGAGGGUAUUCACAAGUGGGAGCCUAACACGGGGUCUCAAGAGGGUAUCCCUGAAUGGCAGCCCAGCACAGCUUCUCAAGUGAUUACUGCUCAGCAGCAGCAGCCCAGUGCCGUCUCUCAAGAGGUUAACCCUUGGCCGCAGCCCGGCACAGGAUCUCAAGAGGUUAAUCCUUGGCAGCAACUCACCACAGGGUCUGAAGAAGUUAACCCUUGGCAACAGCCAAGUACAGGUUCUCAAGAGAAUACAUUGUGGCAGGAUACCAACACAGCAUCUCAAGAGGGUGCACUUUGGCAGGAGCCCAGCAUAAAGUCUGAACAGGUUAUCCCUUGGGAUCAACCCAGCAAAGAAUCUCAAGAAGCCACUUCUCAGCAGCAGCCCACCACCGAGACUGAAGAGACCUCUACUGAGCAACCGCCCUCCACUGAGUCUCAUGUGGUCACCCCUUGGCAGCCAUCCACCACCGAAUCACAAGAGGUCAUCCCUCAGCAGCAGCCCACCACAGGGUAUCAAAAGAUGACCCCUCAGCAGCAGCUCACCACAGAGUCUAAAGAGGUCACCCAUUGGCAACAGCCCACCACAGGGUCUCAAGAGGUCACCCCUUGGCAGCAACCCACCACAGGGUCUCAAGAGGUCAGCCCUCGGCAGCAACCCACCACAGGGUCUCAAGAGGUCACCCCUCGGCAGCAGCCCACCACAGGGUCGCAAGAGGUCACCCCUCAGGAGCAGGCCACCACAGGGUCUCAAGAGCUCACCCCACAGCAGCAGUCCACCACAGGGUCUCAAGAAGUUACCCUUCCACAGGAAUGCAGCACAGGAUCUACAAAAGUUAGCCCUCCACAACAGUCCACCACAGGGUACCAAGAUAUUACCCAUCAGCAGCACACUUGCACAGGAUCUCAAGAGCUUUCCAUUCUACAACAGCCCACCACAGUGUACCAAGAGAUUAACUCUCAGCUGCAGCCCUGCACAGAGUCUAAAUCACUUCCCCCUCGGAAGGUCAGCAUGGAUGUGCAGGAGGGUGCACUGCAGCAGCAUCAAAGUGGAUGCCAAAACACUCCAAAUCAGCAACCCAUAAUAGACUCCCAAACAGUAGUAACUCCAUUGCAGCUGACAUGCCUGGGAUCCCAAAAAGGGUCAUUUUACCAGCCAAGCGCAGGGUCACAUGAGAUGGCUCCUCAGCAGCAUCAUUUGCCCAACACAGAGCAUCAAACAGGAACACUUCAGCAGCCCAGUACAGUGGCCCAGGCUUCUCUUCAGGGUCCCUAUAAAGUAUUUCCUGAAAUGGUACAGCAGCCUCCACUCACUUUAGAGUCCUCGGUCCAGCAGCAGCAACAUCCUGUUACAGCAGCUCCAGCACUACAGUUGCAACAUCAAAAUCCUUUCACAGGUCUUUCUGUUGCACCUCUACAACAGCAGCCUACUACAGGUUUUCUGUCAGCUGCAUUUCCUCAGCAGCCUAUCAUUGGAUCCUCAGCAACAACUCCGAAGCAGCAUACUUUUGGGUCCCCUGCAGCAAUAGUGCAACAGCCCAUCUUUGGAUCCCCUGCUGCAAUGCUGCAACCAAAAAUGAUGUCCAAUGCAGUGUUUCAGCCCAAAAUUGGAUUGAGUGCUCUGCUACAACCAACAAUAAGACCUCAACCAAAGUUACAGCCAGCUUUCCAGCCAAAAGCUAAUCUCCAGCCCGCUGGCCAGAUGAGGUCAAAGCUACUAUCAGACAGUGGGUCUCCAACAAAGAUUCAAUCCAUUGGGAAGGCACCCACCCAGCUCCAAGCAAACCCUAUAUUUCAAGCAAUGCCACAGGCUAAGAGCAUUUUCCAAACAGGAUUUCAGCCAGGCAACAGCUCUGGGAUACUGAGACCAUCUAGCUUUAUAUCCCCAUCAAAAUUUCAACCUACUGCUGGGCCAAAGCUACAACAUAGCAUUUUGGCCCCAGCUAAGCUAAAGCACCCAAUUUUGGCCCCCCCUAAGUUGAAUCCCAAUGCCAUUUCUUCAUCUCAGGGGAAGCCUAUUAUUGCAUCCUCUACAAUGUCACAGCACACUUCAAGUGGCCUUGCAGGUGUACCUGGGCUCACUGCUUUUGGGCUUCCUUUAACCGGAGAACCUUCAGUCCAACAGAAUAUACCUGGACAAGUUCUCCCUGACAAAUCCAAACAAAAUAUCUCAAAACCAAAAAUGGAAAAACCAAAAAAGACAUCAAAACCAGAGGAAAAAAAGCAGAAAACAGAAUUUGAAACCUCUAACAGCUUUAGUCCCUAUAGGCCAUACCGCUGUGUUCACCAGGGUUGUUCAGCUGCUUUCACAAUACAGCCCAAUUUAAUAUUACACUAUAAAGCUGUACAUCAGUCAGACCUACCAAAGUUUGAACAGGAAAAUGAAGAUGAACUAGAUGAGUUAAAUGACACAGAGUUGAAUCAGAUGCGAGAGUUGAGGUGCCAAGUGAAGAAUUGUUCUAGAAUUUUUCAAGAAGCAACCAGUCUUUUCCAGCAUUACACUCAGCUUCAUGAGUUUAACUUGGAGCAAGCUGGGAAUCUUAUGUCCAGUAUAAACUUGGGAAGAUUCCAGUGUGAUCAGCCUAAUUGCAAAGUGAAGUUUACAGUCUUCUGGAAAUAUAUUGGUCAUCUUGAAAUGGCUCAUGAUGUACGAAAAGUUUUGCGAAAUGAGGCAGCAGGAGUAUUUAAGUGUGACUGUGAAGGCUGUGAUCGUGUAUAUGCAACAAGAUCAAACCUCUUGCGACAUCUUUUUCGAAAGCAUAAGGAGAGUCAUAAGGCACAUUUAAUUAGACCACGCAAAAAAUUACCAGGCCAGGAAUAUGCAUCAUCCAUCAAAAAUGCAUCAAAAAAGCUAUGUGUUGGAGGAAAAAAUAAUAAUGGAAAAAAUGUACUGCUUAAGAAAUCAAAACCUAAAUUUCCUGUUAUAGAUGAAAAAAAGAAAAAGCUAAUCUUUGACCCAAAAAGUGAAAUAAUUCUUCCUUUGAAGACAUGUGAUGAGGCUUUGGCAAUGUGUAUAAAAAAAUUUCCAAUGCAAUAUCCUUGCAUGAUAAAAGACUGUGAUUCUGUUGUUAGCAGUGAGCGUAAUAUUAUUAGACACUACAAAACUCACAACCUGGUUGAAGAUUUUAUACUACAACGAAGAAGUCAGCUCGUCCUGUGUAAGAAGCGUUUGCCUCCACAAGCAAAGAAAGAAUAUAAUGAAUGUGAAGAAACUGAAAAAUCAGAGGUAGGCAUCUCAGACAAAGAAGACUUCAAAGACACUUGUGUUGAAACAAAUGAAACUGAAAGCUGUCAAGCUUCCUCUCAGAAAGACAAUGCUGAAAAUCUGUCAAAUGUUUUAGCUUCAGAUUUGGCAGAAGAGACUUUUCCAACCAAAUCUAUUUUACAAAACCUUGAAGAGAGACAGCCUGUGACAGAUUCGAGUUUUUUAGCCAGGAGUAAAAGAGGAAGGCCAAUAAAAAAAAAACACCAUGAAAUGCAGACAAUCACUAGUCAGAAAUGCAAUGAGGAUUUAAUUACACCUGAUAUGGCGAAUGAUUUAAGUAGCUCUUGCAGCAGCUCUGAAUGUGCAAGUACGUCUUUUUUAACUCCGGUAAAACGGCCACAUUGUCAUAAAAAUACUGGUUUGAGUACUUUUAGGCCUAUGGGUUUUGAAGCAUCUUUCCUAAAGUUUUUGGAAGAAUCUGCAGAGAAGCCCAAAAAAAAAAUUAAAGAAUCUGAACCAGAUAAUGUUACGCCAAAAGAAGAGAAACCUCCACCCCCUCAAAAUGAAAAAUUGAUGCAUGAAAUCUCCAGUUUGCACUCAGAUUUGCACAUUAGCAGUGAAGAUUAUGAAAAUGUUAUUGACUUCAGGAACCCAUUAAACCUCCAGUCAGUCAAUAAUGUAAAAAUUGUAAUGGACGAUACAUUUUCUGAUGGUGCUGGUCUUUUGCUUAAGCAGCUUCAAGAGAUGCGUCCCACGGUUGUGCUAAAGAAAUGGCUGUGUAGUUAAGUAUGAAGUGUAAGGGGAGAAGAAUUUUAUCAUCAAGUAAACCAUUGUUCUCAGGAUAACAGCAGGUGAAUAGACUGCAUUAAGUUUUGUUUGUUUUUUUUUUUCCUUUCAGAGUUUAAGGAGUAAAUAGUUUCAUUACUCUUUGUUUCUGUUGAAUUGCUGAAAGAUGUAAGCCAGUAAUGAUUUGGUUGUUUAUUGUUCAAACAUUUACAUGUAGUACCAUUUCAUGCAAGUCCUCUACCCAUUAAAUAAAUAUUAGUUGGGUUUACAUCAGCUGGCAUCAUAUAAUUGUAAAAAAAAAAAUGGACACGCAUACAUCUACACAAAGGCAACUAAUUGUCAUCAAUUAAUACACAUUUACAAAUGGGACCCUAGUGAUGUGAGAUUGUUAAACUGCUCACUACACUUGCAGUAAUUGCACUUAGGAUGAACAAAAACACUAACAUUUAUUUUAAAAUGACCAUCUCAGUUUCACUAAUGCCUUUUUUCCCCCCUCAUGUUUCCGGAACAUAAUUAACUUUUUGAGAGAAAACCAUUCGGUUAAACAUAGCUGUUUGAUCUUCUGUCUAUCUACGUAGCAAUGUUUAUUUGUUCUUAGCGUAAAGAUGAUUAAGCUUAUUUAAAUAUGCCUAAUUUGUUUUCUUUUGUGUAUGUCAUUGUCACUUUCUUAAUACUGUCAGCUGUUUGUUCAUUCAUUGUUUUUCAUAUGGGCUAAAAAAGAACACAAAGUAUUGCAACUUUUUGCCUGUGCUGAGGUGCUACUUCUUGACAACAGGCUCACUUCUAUUGUAUUUUUACACUCUGAACAAUAACUGACAUUCCUUUGUCAAUUCUAAUCUCAAAACUCAAGAUUAACAAUCACUCAACUCUGAUCACCUAGCUGUUUCCCAGAUCCAGUUUUAAAAUAAUGUAAACUCUCAAUGUUUAAUCUCGUUCAGCCCUUAUGAAACUCUUUAUUAACUAUAAAGACAGUUUUCUAUGUGCAUAAAACUUUUAAAAGUUUUACAUAUGCCUAUUUUAUCUAACAACGUAUUAUCUUCAACUCAACUUUUUUAGAGUGUUGUGUAGAAAAUUAAGCUAAACUCUAGAGCAUGUUUGUAACAUUUGAUGCUUCUCCCUAGACAAAUUAAGUUGCCUUCCAAAAAAUAUCAUGGCCAUGGUCAUGUAAACUUUAAUAUAUCCCCAUGGGACUCCCAUUUUUUAUUGUUAUUUUUUUCUUCAAAAAUACCUUUAUGUACAAAUAUGAUUAGGGCAGAUUUCUUUUUUCAUAAAUGAAAGUGUUGUGUAUAGUCUGUGAUUGGUUCUCUUUUGUUCACUGGCCAUGUAAAUUGUAAGUUGUAGAUAUCUUUUGUGUAUAUAUUUAUUCUUUGAAAUCUUUACUGCCACCAGCAGUCUGUAAGUCAAAACUAUUAAAUCCAUCAUUUUAUUACA